AUGGAAACCCUAGCGGGUCGUGAUAUUACUCUGUUAGAGUGGUUACAUAGGAAGCGCCUGGCUGGUUCCGUGAUGGUCAUAGAGGAAGCGACCAUCCCUAAUUAUCCUUCUCAAUUGGAGUCCAGUAUGGAUUCUACUGCCAAUCCUUCUAGUGUAUAUAUUAUUGUGCUUGUGGUGCCUCCUCUUACUAAGAAUAUUGUGAAGACAGAGCAUGACAACAGAAAGCCUUCAUAUUAUUCGGCCAAAGUUGUGUUAAAAGGUCCUUCCUCCAAAAGGAAAUCAGGAGUAGAGAAAAUUCUUUCCUUGGAAGGGGUAAUGAGUCAUCCCGACAAGCUGACUGACUUAACUUCUCCCAAACGACAAAGGACCACUCGAAGUGGUGCAGCAAAAAUUCGUGGUCUAUCAUAUUUGAGCAAUCAACCUUCAUCCUAA